AUGGUGAUUUCUUCAGCUUUAGAUAAACCCAAGUCUUUUGAACACAAUGAUUAUGUACUUUCACCUCCUGAUGAAGUUGUUGCUUAUACUUGCUCUUCUAAUAAAAAUGUAUGGACUAAAACCAUUAGACUAGAACAAUGUGGACGUGGCGAUUUGGCUUCUCUGCUUACCUUUAUCGCAUGCAUUCAAAAGAUUUCUCCUAUUCGCAUGUAUAAUUCAGAAAAUGUUGGUGUUAUUAAAAAUAACGUAAAUUGUGGUUUGUAUCUUCCGGGUUCUAUUCACUUAACCGGAUCCGAUUUGACAUUUUCCUAUCAAUUUUCGAAAUCUGGAAGUGUACACGAUCUCCUCAAGCCCUACUUUGUCGACGGUGGUCUUCCCGAAUCCAUUGUGCAGGCGAUAUUCUCUAGAGCGGUGAGAAGCUUAUAUCAACUUCACAAGAAUCGUUGGAUACAUCGAUCGAUUUGUGCUAGGCAUAUGCUUUUAUAUCAACUACCCGAUGAAGAUGACUCAUUGGGUAUUGCAUUUUGUGGUUUGGGAAGCAUUGUUCCUGUAAGUCCUUUCGGCAGUUCUCUUAAUCGAACUGAUGUUCCCAUUAUCGAUGCUACUUGGAGGGGUUGGCACUAUCAGAAUCUCCAGGAUAAUAUCUACAGCACCCAUCCCGCUGCCUGGUAUAGUCCAGAAAUGGUCGCACAGGACUUUGAGGGCUAUGGUAAACCAUCGGAUAUUUAUAGUUUAGGGUUGGCACUGGCUGAGAUGUUUACUGGAAUUGCGCCUUUUGUUGGUACCAUCACUCCAUCUCUAAUUUUUCUCAAGAAAAUGACUCUCAAAGGAGCUAUUCAACUGCCUUGCUCCCCGGGUCAAACAGCUAGUGCUGAACUGAUCUCUGUCUUUGAAUCAUGCACUAAAUUCGAUGCCAGCCAGCGUCCAACCGCGGAAGAACUUCUGGAAAAUGAAUGGGUCAAACAGGGUCUAGCCACGCCGUUGAAGGAAUCCCAUCUUACUCGUUUUCGUCUGCAGUAG